CUGCAGCCGCCUUCGAAACAUUCAGAGUAUCCUGACACAGAGCAGCAAAUCUCAACCUGACGGAAUCCUCUGCAUUUUAGGGAUAGAUAGUCGAUACAAUGAAGGUUGCAGGGAACUGGCAAACUAUCUGCUUUUUGGCUUGUAUAACCAGAGUAACAACGACUUUGAAAGAACUGGGUUUCCUGAAGAAGUUCUUGAUGAUAUAAUCAUAUUAAUAAAACCUGACAGUGUCCAUCUGUACUGUAACCCUGUGAAUUAUAAUCAUCUUUUGCCGUACGUGGCAUACUGGAGGAACUUGCAUUUUCACUGUCUAACUGAAAAUGAGUAUGAAGAUGAAGAAGCUGCAGAGGAAUUCAAAAUUUCCAGCUUUGUAGACAUGGUUCGAGAUUGCAGUCGCAUUGGUAUUCCAUACAGCUGCCAAG